CCUGUACCAAACCAGUUUAGAUAAAAUGAGCUGUUCAGCAGCUAUGAGAGCGUGGCUGACUCUUAGUGGCCAUCAACCACCUGUAAGUUAACUGUAUGGGAAAAAGUGAUAAGAGCACAGAUGUCCUGUGGUUUCUUUUGACCCCGAUGACAUCUGAUGCGGACCAAACUAUAAACUAUAAAGCCAGGGGCCUCUGCUUGGCCUUUGGAAAAUCAAAAACAGCCCAAUAACUAAGACUACGGCCAAAAUAACAACAUGGCUAACCACUGACCUACUUCUCAGAUUAUAAAGAAGUUGUGAUAGAAAAACAAGAAGAAACAGUGAGAACAAUCAAACACAGGAGGGCACUGCUCCCCUGCAGGAAUGUGUCAUGGUCUUGUCCAACCCUGAGAAACUAUCCAAAUGGAUUAAAGGGUUACAUAUUGUUGGUAAUAACUUAGGCAAAAGCACUCAAGGAAAAUAAUUUGUCAUAAAAAAAAAAGAAUGUGGGCCUUCUUGGUGCUCACUCUUGCCCUCGCUGUUCGGGCAUCAGACACUAACAACGACACAGCGGUCGAAGAAAAGCUUGAUAUAGCCAGAGGUAAACUGAUGGCUCCCAGUGUGGUCGGAUGAGGCAUAAAGAAAAUGCCGGAGCUCCAUCAUUUUCUUAUGGAGCGCUUCGCUUUAUACCACAACUUGGAAUACGAUUCAUCGGAGGAGAAGAAUCCCCGUCUGAUAUUCUAUAACGAAAAGGACGAGGUUGUAAAGACCGUUCCCGUGAAGAAAAUGAAGGCAGACGAGAUCAGCAGCCUGUUGGACUCACUCGGCUUCUACAAGAGGACCCAGAAAGGGGAAGAGGUGCCAGAGGAGUUCCAGCACUUCCCCCUGCGCCCCCCCAGGGACGAGCUGUGACGACACCUCGUGGCCGAACUCUGCCGCUGCACCCCGGCCACAUUAAUGACGAGUGGGGCCCCAAGGCCAAAACGAUAAGCCAGGCACCACUCUGAGGACUCGCUGGCUGGCUGUGGCGUGCAGAGAGUUAGUCAUUGCUGCAGUGUCACUAUGUUUAUGAAUAAAAAAUGCUGUGAAACACCA